AUGGUCGGUUGUUACAGUAAAUUGUGUUUUGGACUGUCACUAAGCUAUUUUGCAUGCUGCAAUUUGCUCAAAACAUCAAGCUGUAAGCCUGGGAUUUAUACGGAAUCUGUAUACUUGGGUAUUUUUUGUUUUCUGAUUUCAAUGGCAAGAACUGUUUCCUUUUGUGUCCUGAAUAAGACUAACAUUGAUCCUAAUAACAUCUUUGUUUGGUAUGAACUUCAGGAUGCAGAAGAAGCUGCAGAGAAAGCUGAAGCGGCUCAGAAGCGAGCCGCGGAUAUAGCUUCAGGAGCAGUUCAGAUGAAUGGCCGAGAGUUGUUCCAGCAUGAACCCUGGGUGUUUGACAACAACAUUUACUGA